AUGCUUUUACUCACCUCUAUAGGAACAUGGAGGCCGUACAAGGAACUUCUUGCGACGGUAGAACGAGCUGCUUUGUACAAGAAAACUCCAGAAGUUUUUCAUGAACUAGAGGUUGCAUUGGAUAAAUUCAAUCCGGAUUUUAUCACUUUACUUAAAAAUCCGGUACGUCAAAUUACUGAUCAUGAUUCUUUUCUUUCAGAUAGCGUUACAAUGAUGUAAUGUGCCCCAUAAAAAUCUGAAAAUUUGAUUUUUAAAUUGUAGUUGGGUUUUUUUUCUAGCUCUUCGUUUUCCGAUAUGAUCUAAUCUUCGUUCGAAUUUAAGUCAGAUCAUCACACUUACGACUGUACUGUGUACAAACAGUUCAGAAAGCUUCAAACAAACGAACAGAAACUAGAUAAGAGAGGUAUCAACCGUAUCUGAAGAUCUCAGAAGUUAGGCAUGACGUCUGCUCACCGCAAAGAUAUGCGUCAGUCAAUUCGAAGCUUCAACAUAUCCCCUUUCCCCGAGGGAGCAUUGGGACUUUUAAAGAUUGGUUCACCCAAAGUGCCCAUGGGCCUCUCAGGGCAGGGAUGUUGAAGCUUCAAAUUGAUCGGCACAUUACUAACUAGAAUCCUGCUGAGAUGCACUGUAAAUCUUAUAAGCAUCUGAUUUGUAACACUUGACCACCUGUCUUGGAAACUUUAUAAUGUUUCUGAAAUUGUGGUAUCUCUUGACUCAACGUACUCUUAUUCUCUCAAAGAUCCUAGAGUGGUAAGUGGAGGAUGUAAAAUUGAAAUAUAAGGGAGAAUCUGUAAAUACUGUUACAGUAAGCCCCCCUCCCCCUCCCCCUCCCCCCAAAAAGACGAAAAAACAUAUGAACAAACAAACACAACCAAAAAAUUGAAACUGAUUUAGCCCAAUUUAAAAAUUUACUCCACUUAUUUCUAGUGUUUCAUAUCAAAACGAGUUCCCUUUUCUUUCUUUUAAUUUGUAGGCAAAAAAUACAGACCACCGAGAGCAAUUGAAGAGAGCCCCCACUAAUGGUCUUCAACUUGCUGGCUUUACAGAGAAACAGAAGCUUCCUGAGCAGUUUGUCAAGGAGGCCCUCAUUCUUAGUGACAGUCUUGAACUGAAUGAGUUUGUGUGUGUUGAGUUACUUCUUGCUGGUGAACAGCAGCAACCCAACUUUCCUGGCCUAACCAGAGGUUUGGUGGCAGUGCUCUUGUACCAUGAUGGGAGGAGAUGUUUAAUUAGUGCCUUAAGAACAUUGAUACAGUCUAGAGAGGGAAUAACAUGGACGUUGGGCCUCUAUGAAGAGAUGACACAGUUAGUAACGACAUUCACUGAUGAACUUUUGAAAGAAGGUAAUGGGUGUUUUUAUAGAAAUGGGCAAAAUAUGUGUCAUAUUAAGUUCAACAACUGUUUGUGGUACUGCUUACUGAAAAACAUUUUUAAGAGAGGGAAGGAAAUGAAGUAAGCUAGAUUACGAGGUUGCUACUUAUUUCUACUUAUAUAUCUUUAUUUAAUAACUUCUGUUAGGCUGUCACUUUUUUCAACAAAAGCCAAACUAUAGCUACAUUUUUAUUUGUUUCUUAUUUAUAAUCCUUUGGAGGACAGACUCAUAGAUCACAUUACAGUCACAAAAUUUUGUUUCUUUAUCACAUGUAGGUAAAACAAAUAGACUAUGUUGCCAUAUGUCUGUUCAGUAACACAUCACAGGAGACAUGGGUAUGUGGUGAGAACAUUAGCAGAGACACACUGGGCUGUGGUUUGUGAGCUGUUUUGUUUUAACCACAUUUUGGUGUGAUAUGUGAACCCUUACUGAACAGAUGCAUGGUGACACGGAAUCUAUUUUUUAACCCUUUACACCUUAACAUCAGAAUUCAUAUUCUCCAUAUUGUUCUCUGUACAUUUACUAAGGUGCUGACUAGGAGAAUUUGUCUAACAAUCAAGAGUUUCUUUAGUUGGUGAUCAUUUCCUUUAUUCUCAUGACAUGAAUGUGUGAUUCAGUGGUGAUAUUUUAAGGAGAAAUUAGAUGCUAGUCACUCCUAGGGGUUAAAGAGUUAAAAGACACAUGACAUCAUGGAAUCUACAGUAAUUGUUAACAAGACACGUGGCAACAGGAAUCUUGAUGUUCAGUGUACUGUGCUUGCUUGUUAUUUCAGGAUUGGUUAGAACAAUUCUUCAGCAACUUGAGCAUCUUGACGUUCAAAAUGAACUUGACAAGUUGGAGAGAGGACAAGCCAUAGGUGAUGAACGUCACAAACAACAACUUAUUGACUUUAUCACAGAUCAAAGACAACUCUUGGCCGAAUGUCUCUUUUGCUUUGCUUGCCAAUCACCGCUACCAAAAAGUGACUGCCUACAACUGUUGUCUUUUCUCAAGAAAUGUCCUUCUACAGAUGCGGAUGGCUCACUUGACAGUGUCACUCUAACUCUGUUGAUGGCCAUGUUGUACUGUUUAAAUGUUGAUCCUCUGGAUGAAGCAGCAGACAUGCAAGGGUCUUUUCAAGGUUUGAUCAUGUAUUAUGUCUUGUAACACAAGCUUUAUGAAGCUAAAUGUACAUCAUGAUAUUUUGAAUCAUUUGUGUCUCUAAGGAGCAUGGGCUUUAAUUAUUACUGGAAUGAAAACCUGAAAUAUUAAUUUUGUAAGGUAAAAGACAGAAAAGGAAGAUGAAUAUUGUUUUGGAUUGGAACUAAUGAACUUGAAAAACUUAAGCAGAAUUUUACACUUGAUGCAUAAAUUAUUGUUUGGCUCUGUCAAGUUUAUUUUAGGUGUUGUUCUGGAUUAGUCAUGGGUUUUGUUUUUCUUCUAAUGUCAUGAGAAAAGAAAAGUUUUCUCAAGUUCAUUGUCAACACUGAAAAAAGGUAAAACUGUCUGUUUCUAUUUGUCUCUUAACUGAAACUCUCCGCUAAGGUGUCAGUUUGAUUAAUAUCGUAGUUUUUUUGUUUAACUAAGAUGGUUUUCUUUUGAAUCAUAAUUGAUUUCCAUAUAUUGCAAAUUUGUGUUGUGAAAUUGGGUCCUGAGGGUGGAAUGAUUAUGCUAUAGAUAUACAUUUAACCUUUUAAUUCCCAAGAUUUACUUAAUAAUUCUCACUACAUACUGCUAUUCUUUUCCUUGUAAAAUAAACAUGAGGAUAUGGUCAUAGACCAAAAUAACAUCCUCUAGCUGAUAAGAUUGUCUUCUCCCAUAACCUGUUUAUGAGAUAACUGAUUGGAAUGGUAAGGAGAAGCUGCAUUUGAGUCACUUCUGGGAGUCAGAUGUAAGGGUGAAAUGCAACAUUUUCUAGUCAUGAUAGGGGUUUAUAAAUUAUUGUUUGUUCUUUUCUCUCUUUUUUUCUUACAGAGGAAAUGUUCCCUUUGUUGACGGACCACAGCUUUAUUCCAGAGUUUCAUCUGGAACUCAAACAGCAGGGAACAUGGGAAAACCAAGGGAUGUGUGCAUGUGUCCGCUUUGCUUGGGCUCUGGUACUACGAACCUGCAGCCAGUGGCCUAAUAUUGUUGGAGCAGUAGAGGUACUGGAGAAAGAUGAAGAGGAGUUAGAUCUGGCUGUGCAAGAAAACGUUUUGAGUUUCCUUCGGUACUCUGUGGUACGAGCCACCAAUUUUCACCAGGAGGUAUGCCAUUAUUUCUUUUUGAGCCCAUUAUGUUGAAAGUACAUAAAGAUUGAGAUGAAAAAGUUGAUUUGCAUCUUGGCUUGUGCACUAAAAUCACUAAAUUGCAACUUAUCUACAGGGCUACAUUUGUCAGUGUCUUUAAAAGACAAUUUAAACUAAUAAUUUAUUUUACUUCAAAACGUUCUUUUGUUUUCAGUUUUCAGAACUGAUCUUGUCACAUGGACAAGUGGUGUUGAAGAUCCAGUUUUCUGCACUAGAUUCUAACUUGUUCAGGACAAUUUCUCAGGGUGUUGAUGAACCAUAGCUUAAAAGAACAUUAAUCUGUGCCCUGGUGCUAACAAUGUGACUUUACUCUGCAGGAAUACUUUGUCCAACGCUUACACUCACUUGUGACUGGAUUUAUUGUUAAGAUGCCUUUAAAGGUAUUUUCUUAUUUUGUCAAACCAUUAUGUUGAGAUUUAAUAUACCGUAAACGUCCAUGUAUAAGCUGCACUUUUUUUCACAAAAUUGAAGCCAAAAAUCAAGGGUGCGGCUUAUCCAUGGAUACAUCUGUGUUUGGAGUGCUCAAAAACCUCAUUAAUGUUCAUAAAACUUCUUAAGAUGCCAAGAAAUUUAAGAAACUGAGAGCGUGUUGCUGUAGUUCAUUGACUUUUUCAUUGAGCGGUGGCUUCUAAAGGAGCUGUUUAUGUUUUCAACUGUUUAUCGGCGAAUCUUGCUCUCCAAUAGUUCUUUCAAGCAAUUCAUUUUUGCUUUACUCGAACAACUAAACACCAACAUACAAGGAAUCUCUCAUUGUUUUUUACUACCUUCAUGGCAAAUUUGUUGACUGCAUUAUCAGGCUCCUGUUCUUCUCCCACCAUAUUGUGCUUUCUGUUUAUGGCCAGACAAUGGCCAGGUCCUGGCCCAGACUCCUCCCAACAUUUAAAGCUUGGCUACUAAGUACUUGUUUGUUUUUUUUUUUCGAUGCUGAAGGAAUUUCAACUUUAUGGUGGGUUUUGAAGUGAUAAUCUUGAAAAAUCAGAUUGAAAGAGCAUUUUAAGUUAAAGGUGGUGUAAAUUCCAAUGAAAAAGAAGGUACAACAAAUGAAAUUUUGCUCUCUCUAGACUUGAUAAAUGUGAAAGAUAGCCACAACUUCUAUGUCAGUGUUUCGAAACCUUGAUUGUUUGUAGCAAUACAACUCUACUGAUACUUCAAACUAUAUUGUUUUUAUUUUUUUCAUUUGUUCAUUGUUAUUAAAUGCCCCAUGGUAUUACAUAUCAAAGCAUCUGAUGAAAGAUAUCUGUACUAUGCAUGUAAUUUCUUAAAUUGUAUACUUUUGAAAUCCAUAAAACCACUUGUGUUUCAUUGUAGGUUAAAGAACUUCGCAACCAUGGUGAUGAAGUGGCACGUAUUCUCCAGGCUCACUUGCAAGAUGGUGUGGAGCCCCCUGCUGGUUUGCUGAGACACUUUGAAGAUUUGAUGAGAAUGGUCAGUGCUCACUCAACUUUAAGCAUUGAAACUCAAACUUUGUCAAUCAGUUUAGUUGGAUCCUUCAGUCAAGUCACUUCCUAGAUAAGGGCCAAUUUUCACGCCAGAACUUUGUCGCAUGCAACAAGCGUGCAAUAGGCCUAUGAUAUGAAUUGUUUCAUGUAAAUCAAACUUACAACUUGCCUACAACUGUGGUAUACAUCUCAAAGACUGUUGUAGGAUUUGAAAACAUGUUUUAAAUCGCUGAGACAAUUGUAGCCAUAAUCAAUGAAAAUGCCAUUUUUUGUGACAAAUUUCCACUGUGUAGAGAGAGAAAAGUAAAGUUUUCUUUUGUCAAAAUGGCAGACAAAGCUGCUGUUGUUGGUUGGUUGAUACCUUUUUCAGAAGAGGAGAUAAAGAAGUUAAUUCCUUUGUGUGGUGAAGAAGAAGUCCUUUUCAAUAAUGGGUGUAAAGACUAUUUUAAGAGGGAGUGGAAUUAUAUGUAAUCUUGGCGUGUCCCAGGUGAAAAUAUCUUGCACAUGUUUAUGGUCCUAAGAUGUGUUGUAGGCCUGUUGCAAGCUUGUGGCAUGCGACAAAGUUGUACCAUGUAACUCAGCUCCAAGUUAGCUCAAACUUAUGACAUGCACCCUGCUGAAGCCCAAAAACUAAAUUCCAUGUCUUGGUUGGUAAGUUUAUAGAGUUGGUAAAUUUUCAGGCUAUUUGACUUUAGACAUGGUCUAUAAUACAUCAGGGUUGUAGAUAAGAGCUGGCAGCUGGCGAAGUACGCUGGCUUCUCUGCAAGGUUUUGCCGGCUACUACCUUCUGGAGCCUGUACAGAGAUGAUGUUUAUCUGGUCUAAACUUGAGCUCAAUAAAAAUAUUAAUUUGCUCUGCCUAUCUUUUCUGAAAAUAUAAAAAGACUUCUGGAUCAAGGUUAGUUCAAAAACGUUCUGAUGGGGACUUUCUUUUGGACAAAUCUUGCUGCUGUGGCAGGAAAGUACAAAGGUGACGUUUUGUCCGCCAUAUUGGAUUUCGAGAUGUGAAUACCAUUUACCUUUAAAAAAGCUCCAGCUACUUAAAACCUUAAAGAAUACCCUGAAUACAUACAUGUAGCUUUGGGUAUGAAUUUAAUUAUUUGUGUGAUCUUAUUUUUUUUGCAAAUAACUUUCCAACUUAGCUACCACACUGAACUUGUGUGCACAAUUUCUUUAGCAUGUUUUAAGUAAUUUUCUUCUCAAAUUUCCACAGAUUGGAGAACUUUAUGAGAAUGAUUCACUUGGUCUUGAACUGGCUGUAGAUUUCUGGUGUCCUUUGGAUGCAAGCUCUUUCACACCAUUUUCACCUUAUGACUCAUCAAGAAUUUCACCAAGCUUCAGACCUCAUGCAUCACAGAAGCAAGUAAGGGAAUGAUAAAUUUCAUUAAUUUGUUGGAACUUGUACAUGUACAUAACAUAAGUAACUUUGAUCUUCUCAAGGAGAAACUUCUCAAGGAGAAACUUCUCAAAGAGAAGCUAGAGCUCGGAUUUAUGUGGUAAAUUUUCCUAUACAGGACAGGCUGCAAUUGUGAGCUUUGUUUUCUACUGUAAGUUUAGAUUUUCUUUUGUUAGCAGAAUUUUCCCUCUUUACUUUCUCAUUUGGCAAAACUUUUGACAAAGCACAUGUUAGUUCCUGUGACCUUCUCUUUACCUAAUGUUUGCCUCAAAUGAAUUGAAUUUUCAAAACUUCCAUUCAGCAACCCAGGGUUCCAUUUACUUUGCUGCCUGUAUGUCUUUUUAUCACUUUAGAUUUGUUUUCAAAAACAAUAUAAGGAAACAUGAUCUAUUCUUAUACAAGAAAUCUUCAAUUGCUCCACAAAAACCAUAUUUUCAAAACUUCCAUUCAGCAACCCAGGGUUCCAUUUACUUUGCUGCCUGUAUGUCUUUUUAUCACUUUAGAUUUGUUUUCAAAAACAAAUAUCCCAUUGUAUAAGAAAUAGUCAAUUGCUCCACGAAAAAAAUUCCAAAUAUUUUAUGAACUUAAAUUCCUUUUUGAAUCAAUUUUCUCUCCUUUUUCAGGUGAGCCUCUACAAGUUUGUGCGGCUGGCAGGAGAUUUAUUGCCUGCUCCACUUUUUGUCCCAUACAUUGAAAUGCUGUGUGGUCUCUCAAACAGCCCUCAGGCUGCUCAUCACUGCUUCAACUUGCUCAAAUCUACAGCAAAUGGUCCUCUGUCUUGGGAUCAUUUCUUUGCUUCUGUUAAACAGUAUUACAUGGAUCUAAGACAGGAUGGUGCAAACACAGGUGAUACUUUGAUAUCUGAUUACUUUUUCCCUGUCUCUUUUCAUCAGUAUAGAGCCAACACAGGCAUUCACUUCACCAUUGAAGGAUUUGUUUUUGUUUGUUUUAUGAUCAAACCAAAUCUUGGUUGAAAAAAAAUCCCUGCUUUUUUGAUGGUGAUCUCCUGAUAAAGUUAAUGGCUAUAGAUUUGUGCAGUAGUUGUUAUUGGAUGAUGUGCAUAUUUUUGGUUCACAAUGCAAUGUACAUAAUAUGUAAGCUUAAAAGCCAUCUCCAAUUCAUAGCAUAUUUCUUUUUUAUUUCCCUGCCUCUUGCAGAGUCUUUUUAAUGAUUCUUUUAAUAAUUUUUUUAUCAUGGCAAUGUCUCUUAGUGAUGAUGUAUGGUGGCUUGCAACGAGAAACAGGCCAGGUUCACAGACCACGCCCAACAAACCGUAACAUAACACCUGAGGAAUUGGAAGGGCUGGAGGCAGUGUUAAAACUUACAGAGAGAAUUGCUGAUCAGGUGAUUUUGAAGAAAUAGAUUGUUAGUACUUUUCAAAAGUCUGGUCACUUUUUAUACUACACGCAUUGUCAGUUCUCUUAUUGAAAUCUAAAAGCAGAAUCAAGAAAUCUGUCAAAUACCAUACUAGAAUUUUAUCUCUGAAGAUAUCACAUUCUUCAAGAAAUGCGCAGGGUGAUUUGCAACAGAAAAAUUAAAAUUGAUCUACAGUUCAUUGAAAUGUUAGAAAACUUUUCGAGCUUUUUAAUCAGAUGCAAUUACCAUGUUUUUAGGAUGAAAUAGCCCGCCUUACAAUGUGUGAAAGUCAAGCGUGGCUUCCCAUUGCAUCCCUGUUUGGCCUACUUGGUUGCCCUGUGCCUCUGAGGCUAAAGGCACAGAUUCUUUCAACACUUGCUGCAUUUGCAAAGUCUCCCGAAAUUGCUUCCUCUUUGUGGCAUACCCUAGAAUUAUCACAGGUAGGGCUAGGCAUUAUGCAUCUUUAUGCGUGUAAGUUGUUGAAUUGUCUACAAUAAUUGCAAGUUAAAUGAGGUUGAAAAAUUGUACAUAGAGCUAUUCGAAAACAAUCUUCAAUGAUAACUUGGCCUCUGUCUGUAGAAGUACAUUAUAAUUAAUUCACAACCUCUCAGUUGUCAAGAAGUGUAGAGAAGGAUCUGAUGUGGAAGUGCAUGUCAAUAGCCUUGCUUGUUAGCAAGCAAAAUCUGCAAAAUCUGAAGGUGUGAGAUUUAAUUCUGCAUGGUUGACUCAGAUUUUUCUUUAUUCCAAACUUAAGUCAAAAUGAGUAACAACUCUCUCUGACUAUUCAUCAUUUGAACCAAAUAAUGUUACUACUUGUAUGUUUCUCAUUCCAUCUGUUAUCAAAAGAAUAUCAAAAUAAUUUCAACACUUUCUUUACCUUAGAUAUUACAGACAGUCCAAACAGCUGGCCAAGCUGUACAGCAAGGUGGAAUACAGGUUAGUAGUUACUACAUGUAGAUGUACCAUUAUACAUUGUAGAUAUUUGUUAUGACAGUGGGAUAUUUCUGAAUACAAUGUUUUAUUAUUUCCUUUCCUGUACUGUAGGUCUAUGACUUGCUAUAGUAACUUCUACAAGAAGUUGGUUGUCAAAUUUUUGCAUUGUUUGACAAUAAUAUAUUUUUGUAUCUUUCUGCCAUGACAAGCAAACUUUAUAAUACAGUUAUAGGAUGUGAUAAGGUAAUUCGGUAUUAUCAGUUGAAUUGAGAACAUAAAUUGACCACCGUAAAUAGUUAGCUUUUUAACUCUUUCAGAGGCCAAUUUACACUAUCAACUCAGUUGAUAAUAUAAAAUUACCCUGUAAUACUCUCCCCACCAACACAGCACCACAGUUUCUUUAGAAACUCACUCCCUUUAUAGAAUAUGUUUGUUAUUGAUGAUACUGUAAAAUUCUUUGGAUUUUUCAGGUGGAAUUGAAUGAACUUGAAGCAUGCAGUGAGACCUACCCUGAGACUAGAGCAUUCCUGAAGCUGCUGACAAAUCUUACAGAUAUUCCACUACCAGCAAACUUGGGGGCAGGCUACAGAGUGCCUGGGUUUGAACCAUACCUGGCAUUCCUACGAGAUGAGGUGUUUCUUAAGUUCAAUUCACGAGGAUACCAAGAUCCCCAUGAAAAGGUGACUAUGCAUUUUGUUUGAAGUUAAUUAUAAUUUUCACUGUCUUGUGUCUGUCUUUUCAAAAAAUGCAAUUAAAUUCAAAUCUCCAGAACAGAUACAUGUAUCACAGAGUGAGACAACUUUGGAACCAUCAUUUGGCUCCACAAAAGUGGGCUGCAAUGCAAAUUACAUAGUUUUUUGACUGCUGCUCCUACUUCUUUUGCGAAAAAAUAUUGUUUCCCUUUGGAAGAUGACCCAAACAUUCUAAUUCUUACAGAGUUCUUUAAAUUUCUGGCAAUCAGCAUAAUUACUCGAUAUAUAGGAAAGUUGGUUAAAAAUUAUCAGCAGAAAAUGUUAAGAGAAAAUUCCACACCUUUUGUGUGAAUUUUCUAUUUGACUCCAAGGAUAAGUUCUGUUUGAACACUUGUCAGUGUUACUUUUGUCUAUACCCCUUGACUCUUAGGAUCUCAUUGAAAUUCUCCCCUCUAUUCACAAUUAUAAUUUUCUCUUGAGUAUAGCGCAGAGAAUUUGAUGUAAUAUAAGGAUGACAUUUUUCAUUUAACUCUUUAACUCCCAGAUCAAAUUUAUAAUUCUCCUUACUGUCAAUCAUACAAUUCUUACAAUAUUAGAUCAGAGAACUAAGCAUUGGAUCAACUAAUUAUCCCCGAAUUUAUAUUUUUCUUUAUUCAUAAUUAUCUCUUUUCUGGUUGAUGGUGUAUUGAUAUUGUAAGGAGAAAUUCUGUCUUGGUCAUUAAAGGGUUAAUGGAAGACCAGAUUGUUUGGUACUGCAUCUACAUUGUUGGGAGAAAUAACACAUUCAUUGUUUCUGAGAGUUGCCAGGGUUACAAUUUCCUCACUGUCGCAGUUGUGUUUUACUGCUGAGGACUUUUCCAGAAGUAUCCCUUAGCCUUUAUGAUACCAUUUGUGUUGACAGUGGAAAGUUGCCAGUGCUGUUCUACAGAUCCUCUUCAAGUUACUGGAAAGUUACAGUCCAAAACCAAAUGAUUUUGUGGACCAGUAUGUUGAAAUUCAGGGAGGAGAGCAGAUGAAAGUUCCUAAACCUCCUGGAUUCAUUCUAAUGACAUACAUGUUAAAUUACACACAAAUGUUAAAAAUGGUGAGGUUUUUUUUGUGUUUUAUAAUGUAUUGAGAUAAAAUUUUACCCUGCUUUAUUUAUUAGAAUUUAUGUUUCUGCUAUCAGAGGAACUGUAUUAUUUGCAAACUUUAUGAAUCAUGCAUUCACCUGGUUAUACUUAUAUCAAAAUAGUAUAUUCAGCUAUCUCUUAUAAUUUGCAAUUCAGAAUUUUUGUGUUUUUUUUUUUUUUUUUUUGGUUUUUUUUUUUUUUUAACAUUCCAUACUAUGUGCUCCACCUUGGUAUAUGAUACAGCUGUAAGACAGGCAGCUUACAGAGUUGUUCCAAAUCCAGACUUCCAUGUAGGAAACCAAGCCACUCCCUAAAUUUAAAUGAUUUUUCACAUGAAAUUAGGGUUUAAGUAUGGCACAUGUGAACUCUGUGAAGCCAAUAACACAGUACUACUUUAUUUGCUCUGGGGGUUAAAUACUUUGUCCUUUUAUUUACAUGUAUAAUGACUCAAAAGAACUCAAGAGACAAACAGUACUUCAUCAUCAUGUUCCUAUGAUAAAUACUGUGUUUGAUUUCCUUCUGUCAGUUGCUGAAUGUUAUUGAUGGUGCUUCAUCUUCACUUGAAUAUCUUUCCAUUGCAUCAGGUAUGUAGGUGUACAAAAUAUUCAGUAGAUGAUUUCAUGUUGAAACCAAGUAAGCUGCAUGAACAUAAGAAGUGAAGGGCAGUUUGGCCCUUGAUAAUAUACAUGAAAAAAAAUUUGCGCAUCUGAUUGGCUGAAAAUGGGUGCAUUUUCCAUGUAACACAGGUGCAAAUUACAAGUAGGGCGUGUUGCCAAAUUUUUGUCUGUGUUGAUUUUCUGUGAUGUGUUUUUCAUGUAAAUUAUGAAAAAGUAACAAGUUGAUUUCUCAUGCAAUUUGGUGUAAAUAAGUACCUGUAAUUUUUCUCAGACUACAAAUUGCACUUGCCGUACAGGCUCACACAGUUUUGUUGUCUUUGAAAAAUUCACUCCGGCCUUCUUAUUAACACCAAAUUGCACUUGAAAUCAUGUUGUUACUGUACCUAUACUAAUAUUCUGGGCAAAGUGGUUUAAAACAUAAUCACCCUGUAGCUAUUCCAAGGCUACUUUGGUUUUUAGUUAGUUGAAUUACUCUUUACGGACAGAGGUUUACUGUUUACAUUUUGUUUUCUUCAGUUUUGCUUGAAUAAAACUUCUUCAAAAAAAAUUUAACUUCCCUAACCCCUAAGACCGAAAAAUUCUCUUUCACACAAGAGAAUUCACAGUUAUGUUUACCUUACUACCAACUCCUGGUAGUUUAUUGGUGUGCUGAUAGAUAUAAAGUUCAACUUAACAUUAAACUCUUGAAACUGUUCAGAGGGAAGAGAACAUCUGGAAAAAGCGGCAUUGCUCUGCCUGAGAAUGAUUGAAAUUUCCUUGGAAAAACAAGAGAAGUUUGUGGACUUAUAUCGCAGCGUAGCACAACAGUCAACGGUGAUGAUUUCACCUUUCGAGGAAUUGCUGCUUAGCGUUAAUCCACAGACAGGCUCUCCCGACUACCUGCUUAAAAUCAUGAAGUAAGUGCUGAUAUGAGUACUGUGAUUUUCCUCUUUAUGACUGGAGCAUUGUUAGUAGUUAAUAGAGAUAUAGCGUUAGUGGCGGGGAAUGCAAACAAGGUUCCCACUUUGCUACUUUUUUUUCUUUUCUUUUGACUGGUUUCAGAACUUAAAUUUACGGGAACUUCACAAAGCAUUAUGUCUUUUUUUCUUUAAACAAGAUCUUUUGUGGCUGUAAUUGCAUGGUUGUAAAUUGCAAGCUUUCAGAACUUGUCUCUUAAAUUGUAUGUAACUCUUUUUUUUAUUACCACAAAGAAACAUACCCCACAGGAAUGGAAUGGAGAUAUAGCGAUAGGUUGAUACAUACGCACUAUGAUAAUGGAAGCUCCCUGUAUGGGGAAAAAGGGCUCGCACAGAGCAACUGGAAAUUAACGGAAAACUCAUGUAAUUCUUCCCAAAGGGAUCAUGAACUGUAUGUGCAAUGUAGUUGAUGUUGAGACUCACAAAAAUGUCCAGGCGCUCUGACACAAAGGACACUUUGACCAAGCUUCUCUCAUUUUAGAUGCUUUUGUCAUUUUAUGUUGAAAAAAAAAAAAAAAAUAUAUAUAUAUAUAUAACAAUAAUAUAUAUCAUCGAUAAGGCUGUCAUAGCUGAUGUAACUUUUUGUGGUUACUGCAGGUUUGUUUCUCAUCUUCACACUGGAGCUGAACUCAGCCUAUCUGUUGUUAAGAUUUUGUGUUUGGUCUGCCGGUCAAUAACCGUUCAGAGACACUUGGUGAAUCUCCUGACUGCUAAUCAGGUACGGCAAACUAAGUUUGCCCAAAAUCACAAAGAAACUCUAACAGUCAUAUGACCCCAACAGCCCUGCUCAUGUAAAAACUGAGAACUGACGGAUGAACUUGCUUGUGAAUUCCUAUGGGAGAGACCAUGUAAUCUCACACUCCUUUGGCUCAAUUUUACUUUUUAAUGUCCAAUGAUUGAAACAAAAACUAUUUCCUUGACAAGCAUUCGGUGGAAGACUUAACAUUUCAGCCUUUUGCUCAAAUUCAGGGUUUUUGAAAAACCGUGAGUGUAAUUUGGGUUUCAUUGUUUUCUGCUUUGUUGUCUUCUAGGCUGCCGCUCAGAAAAUACUCAUUGGAUUUGUUGAUCAGCUAGAUAUCAAUGAACCUGAAGAAAAUCUUGGCAAAGAUGAGCAAGAACUAAGAAAUGGUUAGAGUUCAUUCUGUCAAAUUAACUAUUUCUCUCUCAUUUUAAAAGAACGCAAUUAAAACAGUUGUUUUAUUUGGCUCCCAGACGGAGCUUUCAAGGUCGACAGGCAAUAGGUUUUUGAACCCCUGUAAGAGUUUUCAUCACAAAAAUGUGGGGAAUUUAUUCCCUUUGCCUUGAUACCGCAGUGCACAAUUUUUAGGUGUAAUUGUUACAAAUGGUUCAUUUUAGUGUUGCGACAGCUAAAUUUUAAAUUUACUCAAAUCUCCAAAUUCUUCGUCAGUCGAGAGAGCCAAUGCUGAAAACAACUUGUUAUGACUUCGCUAUCGUCAGCUAAUGCUCCUCUCUAGCUAGACGUAUGCUAUUACAAUUUGGUUUCUAUGGAAAUCUCCAAAACCAAGCAGUUAUGUUUGUUGUCCUUUCAUUCUUUUGUAGAAUUCUUAGAUGAGAACUCGUUUGGAUUGUCACAAAUUCGCAACGCUGUGAGGCAAAAUAUUCUGAGAUUAGUUCUUUAUUCUCUUCAACACCCUUCGCCCAAUCUGGCUCAUUUUUUGAUGGGCUAUGAGCUCAGAAAACCUGUGUCCAAGACCAAUCUUCAGGAUCCUGGUAAGUUCAAAUCUAGAGCGCCAUAAGGGUUGAAAAUUGAUCGAGCCUGGUAAGGCUUCGAAAACUAAUUCACGGUGAGAUCUGGAAGGCUGGUGACUAGCUAGGAUCAAUUCGUCACUCAUCAUCCACUGGUAAAAAUUCUAUGUAUUUCAUAUGUUUUUUAUACAAUGUAUUUAUUCGGGUACAGGUGUUCUUGGUGCUUCAAAGACUUGUCUCCACGCAGUACUAGACAUUCUGAACAGAGAGGUGGAUACACAUCGUGGCCCUUCGUGUGUUACAGACGCUCCAAAAUUCACCGAGCUCGCAUAUCAGCUUGUUUACAAUCUAUGUGCCAAUAAGGAUACUGCAAUCCCGACUCUGCGCUAUCUGAGAACAAGCCAUGAUUUCCUGUACCAGCACCUUCAACACUUACCUUUUAGGAAUCUUGCAAAUAUGAACAUGGGCGAAGGACAGCCUCCUGUUCCAAUGCUUACCAUCGUCAAUCAGCAGUCCUGGCUUCUGAAGACUGCUGCCAUCGAGCUGAGGAUGACAGCUCAAGGCCGACAAAGAUCACAUACCCAGAGGCUCCUGACGCUCUUGAUGGGAGAGCCAUCAGCUCAGACGUUGAUGGGUAUGACGCACUUCCCAGAGGUAGUUCCAAGGAGGUUGGAGGAUGAUUUUACCGAAGCUGACACCAGCCAUGGAGGGUAUCCUGGUAUGGGACAGACGCAGACUAGGCGGAAGCUUCUAGCCAUUCUUGAGUCUGUAGAGUUCUGUCAGGAUGUGCCUCCACUCUUACAGUUGAAUUAUUUUGAUAUGGCUGUCACUGAGGAGGCCAUUGCUUCCUGUGAACAGAAGGCGGAGGAUAGUGGUGUGACGCUCUGUAAUAUUCCCGUUCUUCAUAAACUACUAAUGAGUGAGAUAAUUGGCGCACAGGGCACUGCUACAGCUGGACAGAGAAACUUCUUGUUGCAGGUCAGUGUUGUCCUUUCAAAGGUUUUUACUUUCCUCACACUCAGCUUUAUGCUUUGGAAACUUGGUACAGAGUACUUUUCAGUUUAUUCUUUUAUGUUCAAUAUAUUUAACUCGGUAGCUUUCUCCGUUUUCUCUUUGAGGAUUUUCGUCUCUGCUCACGUUAUAGUAACGUCAAUUACGGCGCUUGACGUGUUUACGAAUCCGCUUUGGUUAGUUCUUCUGCUGUAUGUCUUUUUCUUUUCUUCUUCUUUUUUUUCGAUUGUACUAACUGUAGCUGUGUUUGUCUUAAAAAAAGGAAGUUAAAGACAUUCUUCAUAAUGUCGUGCUGCGGAACAAGGUACGAGAGAGUUUGCACAUCAAGAAGGAAGCAUUUGAAGCUUGGAGACGGGUUAUAGAAGUGACUCUGGCCUCGUGUUCUGUUGAUAUCUUACCAAGAGAUACAAGGCAGACUAUUAUAUCUGAAGUACUACAGGAUUUACUCUCUAAGGUAUGUACUCCUCUUACGGCUCAAAGGAGGGGCACCUAUUGCUUAUGGAUGGAGGGCGCUUAAUUUGGAGGGGGGGGUGCUUAUUAAGUUAGCGCAGCAAUAGGAUAAAAUUGAAAGAAAAGAUAACGCACUCACAGGAACUCUGUAAGCACAUGGACACAGAUUAAAAUAACUGGAACGGAAAAGAAACUAUUCUCCUUUAGUGUUUAUACUUUAGUGGAAGCUUAAAAUGUUCUAAAUAAAGUGGCUAUAGAGACAGGUUUCCGUGUAUUCCUACUGUGUAGGAAAGUGAGGAAGGAGGGGGGCGCUUUUUCGAGAGGGGUGCUUGUUUGACAUUAUGGCUGAGUGUGUGGGCGCUUAUUCGGGGGAGGGCGCUUAUUCGAGGAAAUACGGUAUAUUAUUAACUGAUUUAAUUUUUAGACCAGAUCUCAAGUUGUAAGAAAAUAUAAAGACAUCCGCUGAAAUACUUUUGUAAGGACUGAGAGAUGAUAUACAUGUCAGAGUCUAUAUUUUUUAGUAAUUAAUCAUUAUCUUUUAGCUAAAUGUCUGUUUCUUAAUCAGUACCUUAUUGAAAUGAAUUUAAAACAUUUUCAUUGAUUGACUCAGAUUGCAGAUGAGAAUGCUCUGCCUGAACUGACAUCACCUGUAUCCGGGGUUAUCUUAACUCUCCUUGCGCAUUUACGUCAGUCUACCAUUCCCACAGCCCCCUUAUCCACAUCAGGUGUUGACAGCACCGGAGCAGGCAGACCUGUUCAUCCUCAAGCUGGGAGCUCUCUUCCCGUUGGUCCAUCUGUAGCCAUCUUAAAGGGUUUGAUAGAGACCGUCUUGCGGUGUGGAGGAGGAUUGCAGCGGGUCAGGGCAAACCUGUACGCUGCGCUGCUGUACUUCAUGCAGACUGCGCCAGAGCCCGAAUCAACUGAAGAAAGAGGUAAUUUCGCGGGUCUAUCCUUAUCUCAGCUGUCAUAAACUUUGAGGUUUACAAAUAACUAGCAGUUAUUCGCCAAAGUGGAGGUAAAUAUCCAUUACUGUCUCCGACACUGAGGUGAAUAAUUGUGUAACUUUAUACCAUGUCUGUCAGUGUAACAAAACAUUGUCAUACAUUAAAACCCUUACGCAAUUUGUCUCUUCAGUUGCGCGAAGAUAAGAAGUGCUUGUUGAUCAUAUCCGAGUUAGCCAAUUAGGACAUGACAUGACUUUCCUAAUGCUUACUGCUGAUGGAUGCAAGUCAUAUCCAGCAGUGGUAACACUUUCUUUCAGCUUGAGCUGCUAUUAGGAUUGAUUGUGAGGAUUUUAAUAAGCAUUGUUAGUAGACCAGAUAGGUGAAUAGAGCUUUUCGUGCGCACUGAGUGGCUAGUUCGCACGUGAUUAAUUCACAAUUAUUCAUUGAAGUAAAGGUAAAUGUCCACCACUUUCACCGACACUGAGGUGAAUAAUUUUUUAGCAUGAAACACUCAGAAACCAAAGAAAACCAGGCAAUUUCUAUAUAUUUCUAUAUUUUGAUAAACCAAAAAGUGGUCCGAAAUUAAAUUGUCGACGCGCGAUUUUGUCUCUUCAGCUGCUCGGAAGUGAAUGGUACCUGCUAAUCACUUCCAAACCAGCCAAUCAGUGCGUGCUAAAAGCACUAUUUACUUGUGUGGUAUAUACUGACACGUACUAUUCACCCCUGAGCAGAUAAAGAGACAAAAUUGCGCGUCGUUAUUAACAGAAAUGAACUGUUUUGGUUUCUGUGUGGUAUAUACUAAAACAAAUAUUUACCUCACUGUCGGUGUAAGUUGUGGAUAUUUUCCUCUCCUUCGGUGAGUAAUUGUUAACCCCUAAACCUCCAUGAUCUGAUUGUUAAUUCUCCCCUCUACCUGCUACACGUAUCCUUGUAGUUUCGAGAAUUUGGUGUUAGAUCACAACUUCUCCCGAUAAGUUUGAGUAUUCUUAUGACCCGUUUUCUGGAUAAUACAAGGAUAUUGUAGGGAGAAGUUACAUGUUAUCAUUUCUGAGAGUCAAAGGGUUAAAUAUUCAAGCUCGACAGUAACAUCGACUACUUGAGAUAAGCGGGAUGUUGGAGUGACGAGUCCACGAUUUCCCUUUUUCAUACUUUCAGAAGUUCGAGCGGUAUUUUGGUUGUUCUUUACGCUUUGUUACACAAUUGACACUAACAAAUAUUUGGCCAUUGCAGGUGUCAUGAGAAACGUAUUAUCUUUAUAUCCCGGCCAGCCAUGGGACACCAGUAUUCUACCAGUGUUGUCUAGUUAUGGUGAACCAUUCAUGGACACAGUCUGUAGAGAUUCUUGUGAUGGACACGAUGUUGGCCGGGUAAGUCAUGAAGUACAAAUUGCGUUUUCGUCUUAAAAACUUGGGGGAAGUUAAGCUCAAGCGCUUUUUUAGACCCGCACUUAAGCGUCAAUACUGGAAAGCCGUUUAAGCAUUUUGAAUUUAUUGAAAACAGGAUCACACAAUUUUCAAACCUGUGGGAUUGUGGUGAGGUGAUAUUUUAUAUGGUCUCAUCCUUGCCCAUCCACUCAGUAAUAUGUGUUUUUAGUUUCCAACCAGAGCAACUGGCUUAAGUUAUGAUGGGCGGGUAAUUACAUCGGUUAAAUAGCUAGCCAGGAAAGAAAAUAUUCUAGUUGUUAGGUAGGAUAAAAUUUCUUGACUCUCUUCCAUUCUUUUUACUGAGAUGAUCUCUUUUGUUAUUGUUGUUGUCGUUUCAGAUGUUAGCGUUUUCCCUUCUUGAUGCAAUAAUUGCUGUUGACUGGCAACACCGUUGGUUGAAUUACCUCAACCUCAAAGGCUACCUCAAGCACAUGGUGGACGGCUUGGCUCACGAGGACCAUAUGCUGCAAUCAAUGUUGGACCCAUCCCCAGAGCCCCUUAAGGUAAUGCUCCUACAGUGGAUUCAGUUCAGCUUAUAAAUGAGCUCCUGGAUGUCAUUGUAGUGAUAAUGCUUAUUGUCACUCGGAUUCUGUCUUAGGGUGAAGUCGCUAUCCAUGUAACACUUCAUACUGGUAGUAUCCACUUAAACUCUCUCAGACAGUGAGGUCGACUUGUUUGAUAUUCUGCUGUGAUUUUGUCGGUUUUCAACAACUGUGACCUGUUGAUUCUCGAUGUUCAAAGCUGUGGAAGACCUAACAGUCACACUAUAGUAUCAUAACUCAUAAGGUUGUUAAGUUAACGCGUGAUCAGUCUUCCUUAUCGCCUUUGGAACUCAGCCAAUUGAAAUGUGACUUUCUGUAUCAGAAUUGACUUAAUUUUGACGCACAAUUAUAAUGAGCUAUUUCUCAUCACAAUGAACGACCCCAUGAUACUAACUCUCUUGAUAUCAUACCAGGCUUUGUAUAUCUAUGAGUCGAAGAUGGCCCUACUAACCCGAGUGGCACAGUCUACGGAUGGUGCUAAGGUCCUUCUUCAAGCGGGGCUAUUAUCACGCCUGGCAGAAUGUGCCUUUUUGGAUCACAAACCCGAACAUGACACCGCUCAAAGGCUAAUGACCAGUGGCAUUUACGCUCAUGAUCACGAUACAAGCGCUGUCCUCUACGACUCAUUCGUGCCCACAGUGUUAGAGAGAUACAGACAGUUAUUGACCCCUGCCUUAAAAGUAUCACUGGCAAUGUUGACAUCCCUGGGGUCACAUAAUCACAAAGAAGUAGCUUCUAAGGUAAUGUAGAGAUGUUGUGAUUCAAUUUUAUCCUUGGUUCAAAUGUUAUUUUCCUUUGUUUCAAACUCGGUUCGUACCUGUAGUCUUUUCAUGAUUGCCACAUCGCCAUUUUUGUAAUCAUCAUCUUAGACCAGACGCUUUUCACGUUCCAAACUUAUCAUCUACAAAGCGAUUUUUUUUUAAUAGCAUCACCAAGAAAUAGCUUGUUCACUUCUCUUCUAAGUGCAUCAGGCAUCUUGUAAGCCACAUCCAGUCGAUAAGCCUUACUCUGAAGAAAAUUUCAAACUGUACAGUUACUUCUUCACCAUGAGACGGAGUGCAUGGCUGGUAUGCAUUAUACACAAGAUUGUUUUGCGUCAAAGUCACAGCAGCUUGCAUAAAAUAUUGUUUUUCAUUUUUUGCCUCUCAAAGUGGAAGACGUGGUAGAGGUUGUCUGUCGUUUCAUUUCCUGAUGCAAAAUUAAGCUGUUUAUUUCCCUGCAGGUUUUACACUUUGUCGUGUCACAUGUGGACGUAUUUGUCAGCAUUCUUCAAGACAGACAGCCUUUCCAAUCAUCCGGGUCAUUGAAGGAACUCUGUCUCGUCACAGGAAUUGUGUGCAACAUGGCACUCACUGAGGAUGCCCUCAUUGCCGACGACGACCUGGGUCAAGAGCAAGUCCAACUUAGAGGACCCCUAGCAAGGAUCGAACGUCUCAUGAUUGGUUUGUUGCCGAGAUAUUGUUCAAGCGAUAGUUGGGAGAAGGUGAGUAAUGUGCGUGAGAAAAAGAGAGAGAGAGAUGAUUAGCUAACCUCACUCAUUUAUUUGAAGCAAGCGCAAGGAGUGCAUUUUCAAACGCUCUUUGUUUAUGUACAGUGCUGUAGUUCUUUUAUUGUUGAAUGAAAACUGAUCAUGAUUCUCGCAAUUGUUUUCGUUUUUAAGAACGGUCCUUGUUUUUCUUGUUUGUGCUUCUAUCUGUUCACGGACUGUUCAACUUAAAGAGCCAGUAAGAGCCGUAACUUAAAGAGCCAGCUCUUGGGGGAAUAGGUCUUCCUGUGGCGUUCUAAAUCGUCAAAUUUGCUAUUAGAGAAGAGUCAUGACUUGGAUUUGUUGUCCUUGUGUUUAUUUUAAGGAGAAUUUUAAUCUGUCUCACGACGUUUGCAGAUCAUCAAAUCCGUAAUGGAGAAAAACGGUGAGGAACCUGGCGCUAAGUACAGUUUGGUCGCCAUGGAAACGACCGAAAAGUUGCAAAGAAUCUGCUCAAAUGUUAUUGGUUACUGUAGAACGGUCAUGGAUUCAUAUGGUACGAAUUUUACUUUUUGAAUUGAAUUUGAUUUCUCUUACGUGACGAUGUAUUUGGGAGUGUAACCUUACUGCUUUGUCAACUUUAGCCUACACUGUAUUUUAGUCCUAUCUGUGGAAGCUUUCUCUCCACUCGCGUGACGGACAGAGUCGACAAAAAUUUACUGGUUAUUUUCUACUUGACGACGUUAGGCGCGCUUGCUUUCAUCCAAACAUCCAGUAGUACGUUGAGGAAUUUAUUGCACGAUGUUGCCGUUUUUUGCGCAACUUUUUUCUUUUUAUCUGACAGUAUUCAAGGAUUUAAGAUCCAUCUGUAAUGUAGGGGUUGUAAACAAAGUGCGCUUUUUCUCCAGGUACGGUUCCCUCUCAUUGUCAUGCGCUGUUUUCACCAAGUUUGACGGACUCUUUAGCACGUGAUUCUCGCCUCACUAGAGAAGGUAUGGAGAGUAACAGCUUCAUUUUACGCCCAUGGCAUAUCUGGAAUUCCAUCCCAACGAUAGUGAUAUAGAACGUAUACCUCUUUCAAAAGAUUUUUAUCAAUUUAGGAAGUUCUGUAGUCCCCUUUUUCAGCCGUCGUAUAAGGGGAAGGGUGACGGUUGCGUGACAGACUCAGACAACGGCGUUGAUGAAGACUCUGUAAUCGACCGCUAGUUCAAACAUCACGUUCUUUUUAGCGCGAAAAAACCAACUUUAAGGGCAUGUCAUUAAGGUACUAACCAAACGUGGAGGAAAAAUCACCGUUUGAGUUGAUUUGCCUAGAGAAAGCAGAUCAGGAACAGCUUGUGCAUGUGGGGUCUAUGCUGGCGAUCGGCUUUAUUCUGCUAUGCUUUGGCUAAGUUUUGCGCUGUGAAGAAAUCGUCAAGUUUCACAACUGUGAGGAAUUUCAGCUCAUUGAAUAGAAACUAAAAGAGUUAUUUUCAGUUAAUUGUUUGGUUCUCUUGUGUUUGUUGUCUUCAUCAUUUGUAUCUCUUACAGCCAUUCGUUCCUCAACCGUGGUGUCUUUCCGCCUUCAAGUCAGCCUUGGUCUACCUGUGACUUUCAUGAAGAAGUGUUGCGAUCAAGUCUUUCAGACGGCUGAGUUGUUGUCACAGACGCGUGUGAAGCUGCAAAAUGUGACCGAGUUGACGAGUGAAGAACUAAGAGAGGUUUGAUUUCUGAUUUCAAUUAUCGCUUGUAGUCAGAAAGAAUAAGAAUCUUUAGAUGUCUUUGUUGAUGUAUGGGUAAAAAUUGCAAAUCGUUCCUGCUCCAUGCCAGUUACGUAGCUCCAACAGUUUCUUUUCUAACUUUAAAUGUGUUACCUAGUGAUGGUCACGUUUAAUUCUUGUUUGACACGCUGUAUUGCUUCCAACCCCAAAAAUGAGCCAGAGUGAAUAACUGAAUAAGUGUUUUAUGUUCCCAAUCCCACAGUUAAACCAAGUUCAACACGGUGGAGCUGUUCAAGAGAGAUUGUCAACACAGCAACGACACCAACUGGCACAGAAAUGUCUUACUCAAGUUGUGCAGUACAAGACGCAGGAGAUUUCUGCCCAGUUGUGUAUCCUUUGAUGUUCUGCAAACGUUUUCCAGGGCUGUUUGAAAAGAAAUUCUUUUCAAAUGCCUUGCUCUCCAGCUAUCACUAAAUCAAACACCACAAAAUGACAAGUAUGGCUAGAUAAGCUCUGGUGAACUGUAAUUCUGUGUGAAAUUGCAGAGAAAGAAGCUUAAACGAAACUUCAGAAAAAGCGCGGUUCGAAGCCGUGCCUCCUUGAUUCUUGUGGAGCGAUCUUACUACUUUAAUUAGGCAAGCAACAAAGAUUGCCUCGCUCUUAGCCCGGUUCCGAACAGAACAAUGCGUUAUUGUUAUGUUUUUUUUUUAAGACAACAAAGGUUUUCUCUUAACUUACUCAACAGACAUUAUUGAGAAUUGUUUGUUUAUUCUAUGGCGUCACCUCGAUUUCUACUUUUUGCGCUGCAUCCCGUCGGAUGAAGAACGACGCAUUCUCGCUGGACCGCCGCUAAUCAGCAGUCAAAUGAGACGAUUACAUGGUAGUGUUGUUUUGUUG